GCAACAUAUGUCUGGAUAUCAUGGCCCGUACAUCUUCUGUGUCCAAAUAUGUCGGCUUGCCAGACUACGUCGGCUCUGGUCCCACCGCCUCCUAUCUCGUCUUCCUCGAGGCGACAGGCCCUGCCCUUCCGCUUCUGCGCAGCCAUCAAAUUUCAACCUCUUCAGUGCACUCUCCGCGAUACGGAGAUGUGAUCUUGCACAAGCGUUACUUGGGAGACUGCUCGAGCCCUUAAGUCCAUGCUACACACAGCCCGUACUACGAACUUGCCAUCUGUCACACUCGCGCUGUCAUAUGAAAGCAGCCGUUGCAGCCACUCUCGGGCUUUUGGGUCUAUGCAAGCGCACCCGGCAACUGCUGGCCCAUCCGCAUCACGUCUACUGUGUCUUCCGAGGUGAAACUGAGUUCCCUGUGCGCCAUUGACGACAUUACUUCUCAGAUACUGGCUUGCACUGGCAUCCCCCCUCCGCCAGUUUGCGACCGCGGCCUCUUCGCUGUCUAUAGUGCCGGAAUGCGCACGAAGCUAGAGCCCCUCACGAUCAACGAGACAUUCUCUCGUCGCGCACGAGCGAUCCCCGAUACCAUUGCCGCCAGCCACCUUGGCGCCACUCUAUCCUACCGGCAGCUCGACGAGGCUUCCGAUGUGCUCGCACGCGACUUGUGCAAGAAGGGUAUCAUGAGAGGCUCGAGAGUCUGCCUUCUCAUUCGGCGCUCGCUAGACAUGCUCGUCGGGAUCUUUGGCAUCCUCAAGUCGGGCGCGUCGUACAUCCCCUUAGACGGCGGAGUAGUCACUGACCAAACACUCGGCUGCAUAUUGAAAGACUCUAAUGCAGCCCUUGUCGUCUGUAUGUCCGCGUACAUGCAUCGUGUUCCCGAAGGAUUGGAAGUGUUGCGCUUAGAAGAUUUUAUGCUCGCCACUUGCGAUCACACUACGCAAGACUGCGAGCUUGCUCACGUCCACGAUGGAAGCUCCCAUUUGGACGAAGCCUACGUGAUCUUUACUUCGGGUACCACCGGCACGCCCAAGGGCGUGAGCGUAUCUCACAGGAAUGUGACAAAUCUGCUGUGCGCCGAACCUGGUAACCUCGGCAUCUGCCCUGGAACCAAGGUAUCGCAGCUGCUCAGCAUAGCGUUCGACAUGUGUGUCUGGGAGAUACUCGGCUGCCUGCUCAAUGGUGGGACGCUUGUCUUGCGGGGCUCGAGCAAGCCGGACUGGGAGACUGCGCUUCGGGCCGUGCAUGUCGUGAUCGCCACGCCUACGAUCCUCCAGUGCUACCGUGCCGUAGACUAUCCGGCCAUCCGUGUUGUUGCGACCGCAGGAGAGCCAUGCCCGCAAGCACUUGCAGACGAGUGGUCUGCAGGGAAAACAUUCUACAACUGCUGUGGGCCCACGGAGACUACGAUUGUCAAUACGAUGCAUUGCGUCAGGCGCGGGACGUCUCUCUCCAUCGGCGUCCCAGUCCCCAACACUCGUGUCUACAUCCUCGACGAAGAGCUUCGGCCACUACCAGUGGGCCGCGUAGGCACGAUGUGGGCGGCAGGUGCCUGUGUGUCGCUGGGCUAUGUGAACAAGCCAGAGCUAACCCGGCAACGGUAUCGUCGCGACCCGUUCUGCGACGACGGGUUCAUGUUCAACACCGGCGACCUCGGGCGUUGGAAUCAACAUGGCGAGCUGGAGCAUUUCGGUCGGCUAGACGACCAGGUCAAGGUCAAGGGGUUUCGGGUUGAGCUCGAUGGUGUGACGGCAGUGAUGGAAGCCCAUCCGAGCGUUGUCAAAGCUGUUUCUCUUCUGAUUGACACGGAGCUUUGGGGCUUUGUUAGUCCCUCCUCCGUGCCCCUCGAAGAGCUCAAAGCCUUUGUUCAGGAGCGCCUUCCUUACUAUUCCGUUCCGUCACAUUUCGUUCCCAUGGAGUGUUUUCCGAUGACAAACACGGGCAAGACAGACAAGCGACUGCUUCGUACAAUGGUCACCGGCAGUAGUCCGCCAAGUGCGACGGAGACGGCGUCUCGUGCACAAGGAGCUUCGUGUGGCAUCUUCUGAUAGACCAACUGAUAUCCAUAUGGCUACUACUCGAACAUUUCCGAUAGAUGAGCAGCGACGUAGUCUUACGUUGCGUAGAUAGGCAAAAGUUCCUGGAUGCAGCUUCUGUUGGUACUUCCAUCUCUUCAUGGUUUCUCCAGUGUCACCGCGUCGAACUUCGGGCAUCGAGAUGGAGGAUAUGAUUCCAGUGUUGUGGUUCUGCAUUGGCGCCGAAUCCUGUCAUAUGUGCACAACGGACGAACCUUAGC